UAAAAUGUCCUCAUGGGUCAAAGCAACCACAGAUCAAGCACAAACACCUGAUCCUGAAAAAAGGCAGAGACCAGGAUGGAUUCCUCGACUUCUGGACAUAAAUCCAUAUAAAUCCAUUCAGAAGAGCUCUUACUCUCCCCCGGACGGUUAUUCAAAGGACUAUGAAGAUGGCAACAGCUUUGAAGAGCUCUUUGGGCAGCAGUAUCAUCCAUCAACAGAGAGUGAAGAUAAUUAUGAGAGAUAUCAAUACUCCCAGAAAGAGGACGGCUACACCAAGGAUGUUCAUCGCGAUAAGUUGUACUUGCAGUUUUACCAGCAGAUAGAGAAGGAAUAUAACAGAGACAGACCUUCAGACUGCGUCAUCGUUUCCAUCAGCAAGGAUCAAGCGGAAUAUUCAACAGCCAUAGGCCAUCGGUUGCAGGAUCAUGGCCUUGUGGUGGAAAUGAUAUACCUUACUUCUGAAUCAGGUCUUACACGUGCCCUCCAAGAAGUUAAAAAUGAUGGUUCCCCAUUUUGUGUUCUUGUUGAACCAUCUAAUGUAGCACUUUCCUCAUGCACCGUAAUCAUGCUUCAUCAGACUAUCAAAAUACACCGUAAUAUGCCCAUGGAGGAUGCCCUGGCUCUGAUAGCUAAAGAGUUUGAGAAAAUUUUUGCUGAGCAUGAACAACAGCAGCGCACAGAGAUUUCCCACAGAGCAGCUGAUCUGGCGGAUGACUACCUAGAGCGACAGCUCUAUGAGAGUUACCAUGUGCCUCUAGGCAUUAGACACCUCCUCUUUCUGUUAAGUGAGGGAAAACAUUUAUAUGUGGAAGAAUUGAACUCAAUAAGUGACUACCUGAAGACCAGGAGAAAUAAGCUUGAAGGCUUUGUUGCAGAAACCAAUGCUUUAGCGGCUGCGGGUGAAGAUGCUGUGUAUCCAAGCGUCAGGCCAAGUAGUAGCACUCUCCCCCAGACGCUGAGCAAACCACCACCACUCCUACCGACCCCUGGCCGAACUCCCGUAUUAGGCCAGUCUGCUGUACCUUCACCUAAACCAGCUUUGUUGGGUGAAAGACCGUUGGGGGCCCUUCUUCCCACUCCAGCAUCGUUGGCUGGCCCAAAGGGCAAGCCUCCGCCCCUUCUUAUAAAGACUGUCAAAAGACCAAUCCACCUAGCUCCGUCUCCACAUCUGCCCGCAAAGCGGCCGUUGCUUGGGGGCAGACCUGGCCUGCUGCCUACACCAGCUGCUCAGUCAAGAUCCGCCCAGCAUCACUGGGUUCCUAAACCGAAGUUCCUGACUUGAGAGAACGCCUGAACUAAUAAUGAAAUAAAUAAAUAGUUGUCCUAGAUGGCUGCAGUUCUCUUCUAAGAUAAGCAGAGUUUGACAAAUGUAUGUUACCACUCCUGGCAACUUUAAAUGCGUACCAUUUUCUGUUGUACACAUUCCUGAGAACAACUUUUUUUUUUUUUUUUUUUUUUUA